UCACACACACACACACACACACACACACACAUUUGUCUCCUUCCACCGCCUUUGAUAAAUUUCUUCCACUCGGUCUCUCUUUCUCUCUCACUUGCUUGCUAGCUCAAAGAAAUGGCAGUCUCUUCGAAGAAAGCCUCACAGAAUUCUAAUAUGUUGAAGAUUCAAGCUUGUAUUGAUGAUAAAGAGAAUGAUUUGUUUAAUAAAUGCUGGAAGCGUCUACCCAAAGAAACCAUUAUCAAGAUGGUGAAUCACUUGCAACAGAAGUUGAAUGUUCCCUCACCAAUACAAUGGUCAGAUGAAGGCACCAUAAAGGAUGUGCUUAUGAAAAUUCCAAUAUCACUUUCACAAAUAAGGAGUUGUAGCAUUGGAAAUACUCCUAUAAGGAUGGAAGAGAAAACUUGUGAAACAUAUGAUUUGAUGGAAGAACAACACCGUAGCAAUGAAAAUGACAUCUUCUUUUUGUUGCCUUUGUCUGAGCGGCACAAAGAUUGGUUCUCUCAGAAAAGGAAACGCACCAGCGGAAGAUAUGAUACGUACUAUUGCAAUCUGUGGUCGAACUCUGUCUUUCGAUCGAGAGUUGAGGUGGUCAAAUACAUAUUUUUUGAUACUUCACCAGAGAAGAACAAAAAAAAGGAAACCACAAAGUCUAAAUCAACUAAAAAAUCAGAAGACACUCCGCCACCAGGAUUUGAAGUGCCAAGAUAUGCUCCAUCAAAGAAAAGGACUUCUUCAAAGAAGAACUUAUGCAUCCCAUCUGAAUCUUAUGAUGAAGAAAUGCCCCAAACUCCUGCAGAAUUUUUGGCUGUAGCAUAUAGAAAUCUUCAAAAUUGUAGCAACAAAAGGAGAAAUCGAGGUUUUGAUCAUAAUACUAGUGGCUAUCCAAAGGUGGAUGCUAAGGAAGUCCCAUCCUACUCUUGUGAAGACAAGCAUCAUAUCCAUGUAGUUAGGGAGUUCUUCGCUACAACCUAUGGCAACCUCCUUAGCUAUGACCAUGAUGAAAAUAAGAUGGAUGAGAGUUUUAGUGAAAAUGAUGACCCAAAGGAAUGUGGGAAAGAAAAAUCUCAUGGCUAUUAUGAUGAAGAAAUAGAAGAAAAAGAAGAAGUACUCAAUGUGGUCAAAGAAGUUCUAGAUACAACACAUAAUGAAAAAACCGAUCAAGGUUUUGAAAUAAUCAGUGAGCCAGUGAUGGAUAUAAUGUUCCCAUGUGUUGAUCAAAGUAAGGAAGAAACCCCCGAUAUGGAAGAAAAAAUCGAAGUGGUUGAGGAACAAAAUGAGCAAAAAGAAAGUAAAUCUCAUGAUCAUUGUGAUGAAGAAAAAGCAAAAAAAGAAGUACUCAAAAUAGACGAAGAAGUUCUGGAUAUAGAAGAUAAUGAAAAAAUUGAUCAUGGUUUCGAAAUAAUUGAUGAGGCAUUGAUGUUCCCAAUUUUUGAUGAAAACAAGGAAGAAACCCCCAAAUUGGAAGAAAAAAUAGAAGUAGUUGAGGAACUUGGGGAUGCAGCAAAGAUUGCAAAGGUGGAUGAUGAUCAAUUCUUUUACGGAAUUGAUGAAUUAGAAAUGGAUAUAUUGCUCAAAAAGGAAAAAACACCUGAAAUGGUUGAGGAACCAAGGGAUGGAGCAAAGAUUGAUGAUCAUGUUUUUUAUGGAAUUGAUGAACUAGAAAUAGAUAUAAUGCUUGAAAAGGCUAAAAAACCUGAAGCGGUUGAAGAAUUUCCAAAGGGAGCAGAUACUAACAAGGCGAAUCAAAGCGUUGAGAAAAACAGUGAACCAGAGGCAGAUAUAAGACCCAAAAAUGAAUUCAACAACUUUGAAAAAUUUCUUGAUGUUGCCCAUGAUAGUCUCUUUCAACUGCAUGAUUUCUUCAAUGGGCAACUUGAAAUCCCACAAGGAUUGAGCAUAGAAAUGGCAGUGGAAGAAUUACAAGGAGGAGGGGCUUGUUUUAGCCAGUCAACUAUUGACAAUGGCUAUGUUUUAGACCAGUUUGGGGACAACCUCUUCUCGAAUGAAUCGAUAAGCAAGGAUUUUGAAUCCAUGUUUCAAACCCUAUAAAGGAAACUAAAGCCAACAAUUGACGAAUAUACAGUGAUAGAUGGAUCGACUCUAGCAUUUAAUUUGUUGCAGUUAUAUUAUUAGUGGCGGUAGCUAGGUUGUGUGUGGUUUGGCAUAUUAUAUAAUGAUGAUGAUUAUAUGGACAUCAUUGGGUAUGUACUUUUAACUAUAAACCUUCUAGCUUGUUGUUGGAUUUGGAUGUUUCAAGUACUCUUGCCUAGUUUGCAUGUACUUAAAUGCUUUCAGGUUUGAUCAACAUCUAUGUUUCCUUGAUCAAUAGUAGCUUUUAGUUGUAUGGUAAGGUCUCUUAUUGUUAUCACAGGGAACACAUACUAUUGGUUAAGAACCAACAUGGCUUAAAACUUAAGCCAUUAAAUUGUGAGCCCAUAAAAACAAGAAACUCUCCCUUUUCAUUUAUUUUCUAAUAUGGAAUAUUCAAUAUAUAUUUACAUUUGUUUGUGUGU